AUGGACGUUCAGAAAUGUUUCCACAUGACAGGCGGAAUUGGGAAGACUAGCUACUCCCAAAAUUCUCAUAUUCAAAAGAAUAACUCAGACAAGGCGAAAUGGAUGACCGUGGAAUCCGUCCAGCAAAUAUAUCUAACCACAACGCCGAAAAGCUUUGGAAUUGCGGAUUUGGGUUGUUCUUCAGGCCCUAAUACUUUGACCAACAUAAGAGAUAUAAUGGAUGAAAUCGAAGCGAUCAGCAGAACAGCGUCGCAACCCGCAGCCCCUGAAUUCCGAGUUUAUCUUAAUGACCUUCAUACAAACGACUUUAAUGCACUAUUCCAGGCCCUGCCCAAAUUCUACAGCGACCUGAAAAACCGACAGAGUUCAGGGAGCCCUCCAUCUUUGUACCUGGCUGCUUGCCCCGGAACUUUCUACGGGAGGCUUUUCCCUGAUGAAUACUUGCACUUGAUCUAUUCCUCAAACAGUUUGCACUGGUUAUCCAAAGUUCCUCCAGGAAUUUAUGACGACAACGGCAAAUCAAUCAACAAAGGAAGCGUGUAUAUUACUGAAAAGAGCCCUCCAGAGGUGGCGGAAGCGUACGUGCGUCAAUUCCAAGAAGAUUUUUCAUUGUUCCUGCAUUUAAGGUCUAAGGAGCUCGUCAGUGGAGGUGGGAUGGUGCUGAUUCUUACGGGAAGAAACAACCCAAAUCAUAUUGAUGGAGGGAAUUCAUUCUUCUGGGAAAUUCUGUCUCGGUCACUUGCUACUUUAGUCCAAAAGGGAAUUGUUGAGGAGGAAAAACUUGAUUCGUAUGAGGUUCAUUUUUAUGCUCCAUCAAAGGAGGAACUUGAAGAUUUGGUAAGGAAAGAGGAGUCGCUAAAACUGGAAAGAAUUGAAAUGAUUGAAACAGAGACAAACACUGGUGGCAAUGGAUCAGAUGGAAUCAGCUAUGGAAGAAAGGUUGCUAUGACGGUGAGAGCCGUCCAAGAGUCAAUGAUUGCCCACCAUUUUGGAGAGGAAAUCUUGAAUGAGUUGUUCGAGGUGUAUGGAAGGUUGAUUGAUGAGGAAAUGGUGAAACAAGGUAUCAGAGCUUAUAGUACUGCUGCUGUUGUUCUUCGGAAAUUAUGA